CAAACUCAACUUUUUCUAAAAAAUAUUCUUAAGACAAAAUUCAAAUGCCAUUUCGAUGCCUUUCGUCAUCUCCACUUUCUCCACCUAUACAUAUCCGACACAGUAUUCCCUUUUUAACCAAUCACCGAUAAUACAAAAACAGGGAGAGGGGCAAUUCAGUCAUUUCAAUGGGUUCGUCGGAGUUAACGACGACAAAUUUAUCAUCAUCAUCAACGACGGCAUCAUCAACUAGAUCAUCAUCAUCAUCUGUUAUAGAUUCAAUAUGGGGAUGUACAGGUUCAACAAUACACAAAGAAGAUUUACGAAAACGUAUUACAAUACCUGAAUAUUUAAGAGUAGCAAUGAGAGAAGCAAUUUCAAACAAAGAUGUUGAUUCUGUAAAACGGCAUUAUGAUAUGGCUUAUGCUGAUGGAUCGGAAACUCCGAUUGCAUCGGAAUCUCCGAUCGUUGUGUUUAUUAAUGCUAAGAGUGGUGGGAGACAUGGACCGGAAUUGAAAGCCAGGUUGCAGGAUCUCAUGGGUGAAGAACAGGUUUUUGACCUUUCAGCUGUGAAGCCUAAUGAGUUCGUUCAAUAUGGACUGAGUUGCCUGGAGAAGUUUGCUGCUCUUGGUGACACCUGUGCGAAAGAGACUCGUGAAAAGCUAAGGAUCGUGGCAGCAGGAGGUGAUGGUACUGUUGGCUGGGUACUUGGCUGCCUUGGUGAGCUCAAGACACAGGGUCGGGAUCCACUUCCACCGACUGGGAUAAUUCCACUUGGUACAGGAAAUGACUUGUCCAGGAGUUUUGGUUGGGGCGGUUCAUUUCCUUUUAACUGGAAGACAGCCACGAAAAGAAUUCUUGACAGGGUUGCCAAUGGUCCUAUCUGUCAUCUAGAUAGCUGGGAUCUUGUAAUAUCAAUGCCAGGUGGUGAAGCUAUGGAGACUCCUUAUUCUCUAAAACCUUCAGAGAGUGCAUCUCUUGAUCAGGAAUUGGAAAUUGAUGGGGAAUUACCAGAGAAGUCGUCCUACUAUCAAGGAGUAUUUUACAAUUACUUUAGCAUAGGAAUGGAUGCGCAAGUUGCCUAUGGUUUUCACCAUCUACGCAAUGAAAAGCCUUACCUUGCUCAAGGUCCUCUUUCAAACAAGUUGAUUUACUCAGGAUAUAGUUGCAAGCAAGGCUGGUUCUUUGCACCUUGUAGCAGUGAUCCUGGUUUAAGGGGGUUAAAUAACAUUCUGCGGUUAUAUGUCAAGAAGGUCAAUAGCUCGAAGUGGGAGCAAGUCCCUAUACCUUCAAGUGUUCGUUCUAUAGUGACUUUGAAUCUUCCUAGCUAUGGCAGUGGAAGGAAUCCAUGGGGGAAUUUGAAGCCAAAUUACUUGGAGAAGAAAGGUUUUGUUGAAGCACACGCGGAUGAUGGAUAUAUUGAAAUAUUUGGCUUGAAACAUGGAUGGCAUGCUUCUAUGGUUAUGGUUGAACUCAUCUCUGCCAAACAUAUUGCCCAGGCUUCAGCAAUUAGGUUCGAAUUACGAGGCGGGGAAUGGAAAGAAGCGUAUAUGCAGAUGGAUGGUGAACCAUGGAAACAACCUAUGAACAAGGAAUUCUCAACCUUCAUAGAAAUUAAGAGAGUACCCUUUCAGUCUGCUAUGGUCCAUGGAGAGUAGCAUGCAACUGUUUUUUCCAUCAUUUUUUUCUCCUUUUCUUGUUCUAGAUAGUUUUUUUUUUCUUUUCCUUCCGUAAAUUCAUGUAAAUUAAUUUAUUAGCUCCCAAGAUCAGGAAACUGAAUCAAAUCUGGGGUCUGUAAUUCAGGAGGUAUUUUUGCCACACAUGCUAACAUUGUAGAUUUGUUAAUGAUUUGGUUCUGUAAAGAAAUUAGUUGUGAA